GGGAUUAAGUGCUAAUGAUAUCAUCAUCUCAAAGUUUAGUUAAGGACAAUUCACUGAAGUGACUUAUUGAGGAGAGAGUAUAUAUGUUAGCUUAGGUGCAUUUUGUGUCAUACAAUUUGGAGACAACAAAAUAUAGAGACACCAGAAAAAGAAAGAGAGUGAAAGUGAAAGAAUGGUGGGUUGGGGGAUUCCUGAACAAGGGUGGAAGAAAGGUCCUUGGACUCCUGAAGAAGAUAAGUUGCUUAGUGAAUAUGUAAAAUUGCAUGGAGAAGGAAGAUGGAGUUCUGUUGCUAUGUAUGCAGGUUUGAAUAGGAGUGGCAAGAGUUGUAGGUUGAGGUGGGUGAAUUACCUCAGGCCUGGGCUUAAGAGAAGCCAAAUAACACCUCAAGAGGAAGGCAUCAUCAUUGAAUUGCAUGCUCUUUGGGGAAACAAGUGGUCAACUAUAGCUAGAUACUUGCCUGGUAGAACAGACAAUGAGAUAAAGAAUUAUUGGAGAACCCAUUUCAAGAGGAAGGGAAAAACAUCCAAGAAACAAGAAAAACUCCUCGACUCCCAAGAUCUCGAACAACAACAGCAGGAACAACAAGAGCAGCAGCAUCAAUUAGGUGACGACAUGAAAAUGGUCACGAACACAAGUGAUGAAAAUAUGCAUGAGAUACAAGGAAAGCAAGAGAAUAUGGUAUUUAAGUACCCUACUUUAGGGGAUCAGUGCUUGCCUGUGAUGUCUCAAGAUGUUACAUCUUGGACAGAUUUUCUGAUGGAUGAUGGACUGAUCUGGGGUGGUCUGUGGAAUUUUGAUGAUCAAGUUGUUCAUCAUACAAGUAACUGCAGCAAGAUAGCCAAGCAAAAUCAGAACAAUUACUAUCAUAAUGGAGGCUGCAUUUUCUAACAACUUGAUUAUUAUGGAGCCUAAGAAAAGGAAAAGAAAAGAACAAAUCAUGUUUAAUGCAUCCUGUCUAAUUGGUUAUGUAUUAGUAUAUCUGUGAUAUUAUUUGAAUCUUAGGAUAAUAAAAAAUAAGGAUUUUGAUCAAAUUUUGGUUUUAACUUUUUUUUUUUUUUCUUUUUAUCUCUGGAUUUGUAACUGCAUCAAGGGUGGCUAUUUGUGUUAAUCUAAUUCUGUAAGUUACUGUUUGCAUUAAUAAAGAUUUUCUUUUUCAA